AUGGAUUCUGAACCACUAGCACCACCAUCGCCGCUAUCACUGAGCACUCAGUCCAAGCCCCCAUUCGAGUUCGACGAGUCCCCAGUUGGAUGUACCAUGGAUAAGGUGUGUCCCAGCCAUUUCCCUGUCCGGCCUACUAGCCCUCCAAGACCACGAGCCAGUGUAAUCAUCUUGAAGUCAAACAUCUAUCUUCCAACAGUGGUGGAAGAGCCUUUCGGGGGCGAAUCAGAGGAGGAAAUGUGUGCCUCCGAAUUCGCAAAACAUGGUUUCUGUUUCGCAAGUCUUGUGAACGCCCUCUCUCUGGACUUCUUGUCCGAAGCGCGAGAGUUCUUCAAGGAGAGUCCACCUUCAGAAGUGGUAGGAUUUCUCAAACAUUGGAAGCUGUCAGAGUUCGGCAGAGAAAACGUCACGACUGAGUUGUAUUCCGCAAUGAUGAAGGCCAAAGGGGAAACAAAUUCCCGGGAUGCUGGUUCAAUUGGUACGGCUGCUCUGAACUUCCAUCGCUAUCUAGACUUGAUCAUGGACCUUGUGGUCAAACCAACAAUUGAGGCUUUCGAGCCCGGAACCGAAUUCCAGGCUCUCCAGUGA